AUGUUGUUCGAAACAGCACCCCUCCCCAACCUGCUGGUCCUAGCAGUCUUCUUCACCAUCAUCGUCUUCUUGGUCCGCUUCAUCCGACAGGCAGCGUUCCGCAAAACAGGACCGAAAAUUCCGCCUGGUCCGCCGGGCAGUGAUCAUGCGAAGUACUUGCAAACUGAUCGCUGGAAUGUGUUUAAGGCGUGGAAUGAGAAAUAUGGUAAUGUGGCGAGUUUUUACACGGGGCCGCAGUUGAAUGUUUUGCUUGGGACUAUGGAGGGAGCUAUAGAUCUCCUCGAAAAAGCCGGCGAGACGUUCUCCAGCCGUCCCGACUUCGUCAUGGGCGAAUUCCUCUUCUCUCGACUCCGAGGAUUCUCCAUGGUCUACGGCCAAAAAUGGCGGAAUUGGCGCACGAUUCACAACUCGCAUUUCAGCGCCAAGGCAUCGCCGGCGGCGAAGCCGAUGCAGGAGAAUGAGUCGGCGGUGCUGAUUAAGGAUUUGUUGGAGAAUAAGGCGGAGGAUGGGAUUUUGGACCGGAAACAUAAGAUUUUGAGAAGGCAUAUGGCGUCUACGAUGUUUCAGAUGGCGUAUGGACGGAGGGUUACGUCUAUGGAGGAUCCGUUGGUUAUGGAGCAUGAUGAGGUUGAGGAGUAUAUUGAAAGUACAAAGGUCCCGGGCCGCUUCUUCCUCGAGAGCUGGCCUCAACUUCUAUGGCUCCCAUGGUUCAGCUGGGAACCCGAGAGACGCCGAGACACCAACACAAGACUCUACAUGACCGUGAUGAACGACGUCAAGAAGCGAAUGGAAGAGGGCACGCAAAUCCCAUGCACAACCCAAUGGGCUCUCGAACGACAAAAGGAAUUGGGCUUCGAUGACCUGGAACUGUCUUAUGCGCUGUCUUCUCCGUGGGCUGCGGGCAUUGGAACUGUGUCUACUGCGAUUGAGAUCGCUAUCCUCGCCAUCUUGCACUACCCAGAAGCCUAUGCGAAAGUCAACGAGGAAAUGGACAGGGUGGUAGGACGAGACCGUAUGCCUACUUUUGCAGACCAGCAAAACCUGCCUUACCUAGAAGCUUUCAUCAAGGAGACUAUGAGAUGGCGCCUCGUGACACCAACAGUCAUUGCGCACUCUUCGAUCCAGGAUUAUACGUAUAAGGGCAUGUUUAUUCCGAAGGGCACAGCGAUUUAUCCUAAUGGCACGAUGAUGAUGAGAGAUCCAGCGGUAUUCCCCGAUGGCGAUGCGUUUAAGCCGGAGAGAUUCCUGGAUGUCACCGACCCAAGGCUGCAGACGUACAAGUUCGGCGUGUUUGGGUUUGGGAGAAGAAUUUGUCCGGGCAUCAUGCUCUGGGCAUUCGAAGUCCUCCCCGUCAUCGAAAACGGCAAACCCUACAUCCCGGACGCCGACGACUUCAGCUACGGUCUCGUCAGCUACCCCGCGGCGCUGAAAUACAGACUUGUUGCGCGGAGUGAGAAGCACAGGGAGAUUGCUAUGAGGGAGGCGGAGCUGGCGGAAGAGAGGAUGGCGGGGUUGCCGGGGUCGUACUGA